GAAAAGAUUGGAAAAGAGCUAGGAUACACAAUAAAACAAACCUAAAUUUUAAAGGGAUAAAAUGGUCGCAGAAACAAAGUACUACGACGCCCUUGGAGUGUCUCCCACGGCAACCGAAGAUGAAAUCAAGCGUGCUUACCGUAAGCUCGCGUUGAAGUACCACCCAGACAAAAAUAAGGAGCCUGGGGCGCAGGAAAAAUUCAAAGAAGUAUCUGUAGCCUAUGAGUGUUUGUCAGAUCCAGAGAAGCGGAAAUUAUAUGACCAGUUUGGUGACAAGGGUGAGGGGAUGGAAAGUGGCAUCGACCCUAGCGACAUCUUCGCCAGUUUCUUUGGCGGUGGUACCCGAUCACGCGGCGAGCCGAAGCCAAAGGACAUUAUCCAUGAAUUACCUGUGUCGCUGGAUGCCUUUUACACCGGCAAAACAGUUAAGCUUGCUAUUACGCGCGACCGUCUGUGCACUAAGUGUUCUGGCACUGGCUCUAAGAUCCCUAACGCAAGCAUUAAAUGCCGAGAGUGUAAUGGGCGCGGUGUACGUAUGAUAACUCGGCAAAUCGGACCUGGUUUUAUCCAACAGAUGCAGGUAACCUGCCCAGCAUGUCAAGGCAAAGGAACCAGCCUGAAGGAGGAAGAUAAAUGUGAGGUGUGCAGGGGUCAGCAAACCAUCAAGGAUAAGAAGAUUUUUGAAGUUGUUGUGGAUAAAGGUAUGCAUCGCGGGGAUAGCGUCACAUUCCGUGGUGAAGGUGAUCAGAUUCCCGAUGUGAGGCUCUCUGGAGACAUUAUAAUCAUUUUUGAGCAGAAACCCCACCCUACGUUCAUUCGCAAGGGUAAUCACCUUUUCAUUGAGCGCUCCAUUUCACUUGCUGAAGCCCUUACUGGCUUUUCCUUCAAUAUUACACACUUGGAUAAUCGUAAAUUAAAGAUUCAAUCGCCAGAAGGUAUGGUGGUAGAUCCUGCGAACAUGUACAGUGUUCACCGUGAGGGUAUGCCGGUACCUAACACUGGUGGGGUUGAAAAAGGUGACCUCGUAAUAAAGUUCAACGUUGUCUUCCCUAAGAAAAUGGAACAGAGCUUAAUUCCAAAUCUGCGCAGUACUCUUGGCUACCCACAUCAACCAAAAUCAGACCAUGACUCAGAAAUGUGCAUCUUGCAAGAGACGAAGAUUGAUCUUGAAAAGGAAAGCCGCCGUAACGCUUACGAUGAUGACGGUGAUGAUAACAGACCUCGUGGACACACUACCACAUGCGCGCAGCAGUAAGGCACAUGAACCUAUGACAGACAGAGUUGAGAAAGUUAAAUAAUUUAGAAGGAUAUGCAUUUUACACAGAUGAGAAACACUUUCAGUAAGAAUUUUUUUGCCAUAUUAGAUAAAUGUAUAUUCCUUUUAAAUCUGCAUAACUCCAAACUUCAAGGAUCGUCCGCGUAUUAUUAUUAUCACUAUUAUUAUUAUUAUUAUUAUUUUUAUUAUUAUUAUUAUUAUUGUUAUUACUAUUAAGUUUUUAAAUACAAUAUAUUUAAUCCCGUAAUUAUUAUUAUCAAUAUGUUAAGCAUUCUCAGUAAUAGCAGGGGAAAAGGUACAGUGUAGGGUGCCAGAAAGAGGUGAGCAAGAUGUAUGCAUGCUUCAUUCUUUCGUCGUGUUGGAUUUGAUUGCAAACUCUGGCAUGCACGAAAAGCUGUAUAAACUAAGCAGUGAUAUUGUAAGUUUUUAAAAUAUAAGUAAGUAUCUCCUUAAGCAGCACUGCUUUAUGGUCAAUUGUUGA